AAACCCCAUCGAAAUGUUACGAUUUGCGGUACUGGUGCUGCUGUGUGCAGCUCUGGGGACACCGGUGGCCGCUGGACCGACCAUCCGACGAGACGAGCAAACCAACGCCGUAGUAACGGAGUCGGCGUUUCCGGUGGCAGUGUCCGAAUCGAAACCACAAACUGAACCCACCGCUGAGGAGAAGCCUGCAGCAGCGGCAGAUUCUAAGCCAACGAUCGCAGAAGCAGUUCCGGUGAAGCCUGCCGUAAGCAAUGAUGAGGUGCAGCCGGAAGUAACCACCGCAGCACCGAUCGAACGACCGGAAAGUCCGCCAACGACAACAACGGUCGCAACAUCGACGACCACCGAAAAACAUAGUGGCAGCAGCGCGACACCCAACGUGACCACGAAGCGGCCCCGUAAGACGAUCACGUUUGAUCAGCGCCAGGAGGGCGAGUACAACAUCCGGGCCGAUCUGGAGAACUUUGUCAUCGUGGUCGUACCGUCCGGAUCAUCGUCCGGUGCGACGUUGCUCGAUCUGCUGAACCGCUCGGCCCAAAAGAAGUACGCCGCCGACCACCAGCAUCCACACCACCACCGGAAGUCGUCGCAUAAGCGCAAGAACAACAAGGCACACGGUGCCCAGAAGAAGGUGGCCCAACCGACACCGGAAGUGAUUGUGCUGGACGAGGAGCACGGCCAGCGGGCGGCUCAGCUGGAAACGGAGGAGUUCAUCGAAGGUCGCACUCCGUACAAGGUGGAUCUAUCGAGCAGCGCCCGGAGCGCGGACGGUGGCAAUGAGCGGGUGGCCAUGCCGAAGCCAGGCCAUGCGUUCCGGCCGUUCAGUGUAGAACAAUCCGGUGUAGCGGGCUCGGUGGCGAGUGUGGUCCGUUUUCCGGCCGCCUCAGGUAACUACUAUCCACUUGCUUCGCGUGCUUUUCCCACCCUCGAGCUGAUCGACACCGAUCGACGAUGGGGGCUGCCCAGCGGACGGGCACUUCCGAUCGGGUAUGAUACUAACACAGUAGUUGCGGCCAGUAGUCGCGCCACUAACCACAACAAUCUGACCCCUGGUGAUGGUGAUCCUGAUGCCGGUGGUGAUGUUGACGACGGCGAACGAUCCCUGCUACUUCCUGCGCCACUGCCGAGUGAUCGGAGCGACUCGGUGCCGUACGGACGCAACGGCGAGACCAGCGACGAUGGCGGCCUGCUGCUAGUGCCGGCCGUGCUCGCAAAUCCCGGAACUCGCUACCCUUCUCACGAUGCUUCGAUCUCCCCCGACAGCCUAAGGUACGCACCAUUGCGAUCCGACGUUGACAUGACCCAGCUACAGCUUCAACCGGACGACGCCUCGGAGGGGAUACUGGACCUGGACCUGGCACACCAGGACCAGGGGGACGAGCUGCGGCUGCUCGGGGCACAGGAGCAGUGCGGUCCGGAUCGGAAACGGGACAGCUACGGAGUGUGCCAGUUUGUGCGGCCGUGAACCGAACGACGCGGCCUACUCCCGUGUGUACCUACCUCUUGAAGCUCCGCUCGUGGCGGAUUGCCGCUGUUAGUAAGGUUUUCUUCUUUUUCCACUGCUAAGAUUAGUGAGAGCGAAGCGCGGUUAGUGUAGUUUUGUUUUUUGUAAACGUUCUAUUUAUUGAAG